UCUGAUUUUCUCGUCUUUCAGGCAAUGGCAGAUGCUGCACAUCCUGCACGUAUUUUAGAGACAAGGAAAACCGCCCCAGGUUUACGUUUGUUGGAUAAGUGGGCGGUCCUUAUUGGUGGAGGUCAGAAUCAUAGGAUGGGUUUAUUUGAUAUGGUGAUGAUAAAAGAUAACCAUAUAUCAGUCGCUGGAGGUAUCACUAGUGCCCUCGCAUCUGUGGACCAGUAUUUGGAACAGAGAAGUCUUAAAAUUCCUGUUGAGAUUGAGACGAGAACUUUAGAUGAAGUGAAAGAGGUCUUACUUUAUGCUUCACAAAGACGAUCUUCAUUGACACGCAUAAUGUUGGAUAAUAUGGUUGUUCCACUCCCUAAUGGGAAUAUUGACGUCUCUAUGCUCAAGGAAGCUGUUAAAUUAAUAGAUGGAAAGUUUGAAACAGAGGCAUCCGGUAAUGUUACUGUAAAGACAGUUAAUAAAAUUGGGCAGACAGGUGUAACAUACAUAUCCAGCGGGGCUCUCACGCACUCUGUGAAAGCAUUGGAUAUCUCUUUGAAAGUUGACUUGGAACUGGCACGGGAAGUUGGCAGGCGAACAAACCGGGCCUGAAUAUUGAUGAGGAAUGAUGUCAUCCUUGUGUAUCAAUAUUUCAAGCACUGAGUUUGUUACCAUUCUAUUUAAAUUUUAUGAUAUAGGGUCUUCAUUAAGUUAAUAAGCUCAGAGAGACAGAAACAGCAGCAUGGCUGUAGUUGCAGUUAUUUGUCGUGUUUGAGUGAAGAAGCAACGUGGAGAGUGCUUCAGUCGUCUUGUUGUAAUUAGUCAUAGUUCGCAUUGGAAACUGGGUUUCAUUAUUAGGUUGUAUUGUCCAAACACCGCAGUAAAAAUUCCUCAAUUUAAGGGGGGAUUGCUUAA